AGAAAUCGAAAUAAGUUGCAGCUGCGCAGUGAGAAUUGAGGAUAAUGGCUACCAGAUAAGGAUUUCAUUUAAAGCCCCACCUUUCAUUUCCCUCUAUUUUCUUCUUACCUAUACCAGCUGCUUUGCUCUGGACUGGAGGGGCGACGACCCCCAAUGAAUUCUCUCUCACUUUAGCUUCUACCCCAACCUGGCCGGCGGAUUAUUGGUGAUUAAAUUGAUGAACAAGUGUUUGCUUUGGUGAUUGUUCUUCUUACAACUUGACAUGGCUCCUGUAGUCCCAAGUUCCACUAUCAAUAUCUCACUUGCUCCACGUGUCCCCUUCACAACCAAAAAGAGCAACUUUCUAACCAAAUGUAGCAUCCCCCGGCGUCACACAAAACAAUCAUUACCAGCACAAAAGUACACCGUGCCUUUGUCAACAUCUAUUAGACUCUUUCCCCAUUUUCGGAUAGGGUGUGGUUUAAAACCCAAGCUGAGAUUUAAUACAGUGUUUGCCUCUGGGACUGAUGUUGCUGUAGAGGAAGCAAAUCCGACUUCAGCUGACAAUGAAACUUCAACAGCUGAGGCAGAUGCACCAGAAGCUAUUGGGGAAUCAUCUGCCAAAUCUGAUGCAAGUCCUGUUAAAUCUAAGCGUACAAGGCCGGGAAGAAAGAGCGAGAUGCCUCCAGUAAAGAAUGAAGAUCUUAUUCCUGGAGCAACUUUUACUGGAAAAGUUAGGUCAAUCCAGCCAUUCGGCGCUUUUGUUGACUUCGGUGCUUUCACAGAUGGGCUUAUUCAUGUCUCAAGGUUGAGUAACAGUUUUGUAAAGGAUGUUGCCAAUGUAGUGUCUGUUGGACAAGAAGUGGCUGUAACUUUAUUAGAAGCCAACAUGGAAACAGGCCGAAUAUCUUUAAGCAUGCGCGGAGUUGAUGAUCCCCAACAAAGAGAUUCUACAGGUAGUGGGGAUAAAUCAAGGCCACCACGUAAGACAGGUCAGAAAUUCAAUCAGAAUAGAGAUGAUUCGAAGAAGACAUCAAAGUUUGUCAAGGGGCAAGAUCUUGAGGGGACAGUAAAAAAUUUAACAAGAUCUGGGUCCUUCAUUUCUCUCCCUGAAGGUGAGGAAGGAUUCCUGCCUACAUCAGAGGAGGCUGAUGAGGGGUUCGGAAACAUGAUGGGCGGCUCUUCUUUGGAAGUGGGCCAAGAAGUUAGUGUUCGGGUAUUGCGCAUUACUAGAGGACAGGUAACUUUAACAAUGAAAAAGGAAGAAAAUAAAGGGGAGCUGGAUGCCAAACUCAACCAGGGUGUUGUGUAUACGGCAACCAAUCCCUUUGUUGUUGCUUUUCGUAGCGACAAGGCCAUCUCUGAACUUCUAGAUAGUAGAGAGAAGAAGAAUGAAGUUGUGACAGAAACUGACACGCCUGUCAGUACAACAGAUGAUGCUUUGUCCAAAAACUUGGUCCAGGAAGAAACACCUGAACAGGAUUCUGAAAGUGGAAUCGUUGAGGAAGUUGAGGCAAGCUCGGCUGUACUUGUUGAAGAGGGGAAAGGAUUGCCUGCUGAAGAUCAGAUAGCUGAGGAGCCUUCAUCAUUAGAAGAAGUUGAAGAGAAAGCAGAUGAAUCGAUUGUUAAAGAUGAAGCACAAAUUGAGAAACCAGAAGCAGCAUUUUCUUCUACCUCACAAAGUGACUUGGAGAUUUCUGGAGAUUCUUUGUCUGCAAGUGAAUAUCAAACUGAAGAGCCCAUUAGUGACCAACCCUUGUCGAGUAUUGCUGAAGACGUUACAUCAAACAUAAGUGAUGAUACAACGGAAAAAGAAGUGGAAGUGCUGCAGACGUCAGGUGAAUCAACUGAUCAGACAUUACCUCAUAUUGUUGGAGAAGAUACAGAAAAGGCAGAUGAUGUUGUUAUAGUGAAGGAUGAAGAAGUAAAUACUGCAGAGAAAGAUGAUGGUGUUGAAAGCUCGGCCGAACAAAGUAGUUUGUCUGACCCUGAGAUCGAACCCACAGAGAGUUUUGUGAACGUAGAAGUUGGCGAUGAGCUGGGAAAUGUCACUGCGAUAGAAGGGGAAGCACAACCUUCUUCCGAUGCUCAGCAGAAUGGAAAUAUUGCUACUCUAAGUGAACAGAGUGGCGAAACUUCUCAAAAAGAAGCAACAGUUGGAGCUGUUAUAUCCCCAGCUCUCGUGAAGCAGUUGCGCGAGGAAACAGGAGCUGGAAUGAUGGAUUGCAAGAGGGCUUUAUCGGAAGCUGGAGGAGACAUAGUUAAAGCUCAAGAAUACCUUCGAAAGAAAGGCUUGGCAAGCGCUGAUAAGAAAGCCAGCAGAGCCACAGCCGAAGGCAGAAUCGGCUCAUACAUCCACGACAGCCGGAUAGGUGUCCUCAUAGAGGUGAACUGCGAAACUGACUUUGUCGCUCGAGGCGAAAUAUUUAGAGAGCUCGUCGAGGACUUGGCGAUGCAAGUUGCAGCAUGCCCUCAAGUGCAAUACCUGGAUACUGACGACGUUCCAAAAGAAAUUGUCGAUAAGGAGAAAGAAAUAGAAAUGCAGAAAGACGAUCUCCUGUCAAAGCCAGAGCAAAUUCGAUCCAAAAUUGUCGAUGGACGAGUGCGGAAGAGGCUGGAGGAGCUUACCCUAUUGGAGCAGCCCUUCAUCAAGGAUGAUAAAGUUGCAGUGAAAGACUGGGUGAAACAGACCAUUUCGACAAUCGGAGAGAACAUCAAAGUCAAGAGAUUUAUUCGGUACAACCUCGGAGAAGGUUUGGAAAAGAAAAGCCAAGAUUUCGCUGCUGAAGUUGCCGCGCAGACGGCAGCUAAGCCGACGUCGACACCAACAAAUCAGGAGGCUAUUUCUACAGACACAAAAGAACCUGCGGAGUCUCCUAAACCCGUCGUGUCUGCCGUGCUCGUUAAACAAUUACGAGACGAAACCGGAGCAGGAAUGAUGGAUUGCAAGAAGGCUCUUUCCGAAACCGGAGGCGAUCUCGAGAAGGCUCAGGAGUACCUCAGGAAGAAGGGCCUAUCGACGGCGGAUAAAAAAUCGAGCCGUCUUGCUGCGGAGGGAAGAAUCGGAGCUUACAUCCACGAUUCACGGAUCGGAGUUCUGAUCGAGGUUAAUUGCGAAACCGACUUCGUGGGAAGAGGUCAGAACUUCAAGGAACUGGUGGAUGAUCUUGCAAUGCAAGCCGUCGCCUGCCCCCAAGUGCGGUACGUGUCGAUCGAGGAUAUCCCGGAGGACAUUGUCGGCAAAGAGAAGGAGCUGGAGCUGCAGAGAGACGACGUACAGUCAAAACCCGAGAAUAUCAGAGAAAAGAUCGUCGAGGGACGGGUGAAUAAGAGACUUUCCGAGCUGGCGCUGCUCGAGCAGCCGUUCAUUCGCGAUGAUAGCUUGAUGGUCAAGGACUUGGUGAAGCAAACGGUUGCGGCGCUCGGCGAGAACAUUAAGGUUAGACGGUUUGUCCGGUUCACUCUCGGCGAGACCACCGAUGAUGUAAGAAGCUCCGACGAAGCCUGAGCCGGAGUCGACGAGGUGUUCGGUACGGACAUGUAUGAGGAGAGCUGUUGUUGAUUCAUUUUUUGUUUCUACAUGACAAAGUUGGCUUCUUUGAAGCAACUUUGGAUGUAUACUUUCUUACACAUGAGAUGCAAUUUAGCUUCCGAGGUUUGGUUGUGGAGAAGUAUGAACAAAUUUUGUAGAGUUCCUUGUUCUUCUAACACAAAUUUGAAAUUUCGAUCA